CCGUGGGGGGGAAGCACGCGGGGGCGGCGGCGGGGGGGCUGCUGGCCCUGCACCACUUCUUCGGGGCGCAGGCGCUGUGGGUGGCCCUGCUGAGCGGGCUCUGCGUCCUCACCCUGCUCCUCAGCCGGGCACGGGCACAGCGAGGGCUCUGCCUCGCCCUGGCCGCACUCAGCUACCUGCUCAUGGGGGAGCUGCACAUGGUGGACACGGUGACCUGGCACAAGAUGAGAGGGGCUCAGAUGGUGGUGGCCAUGAAGGCCGUGUCUCUGGGCUUCGACCUGGACCGGGGGGCCGGGGGGUCCCGUGUGGAGCCGACCCCCGCGCAGGUGUUGGGGUACCUGUGCUCACCUGGAUCCGUCGUCUUCGGGCCCUGGGAGCCCUUCGGGGCUUAUCUCAGAUCUGUCGAGGGACCACCCUUG